UAGUUCAAUGCUUGCACUUUAUACACAGCUCUCUCUCUCUCUCUCUAUCUCUCUCUCUCUCAUGGCUCCUCCCAGAAUUCUUCUCUGCGGAGAUGUUCUCGGCCACCUCAAUCAGCUCUUCAAACGAGUCUCAUCGGUCAACAAAUCAGCUGGUCCAUUCGAUGCUCUGUUCUGUGUAGGCCAGUUCUUUCCUGACUCGCCGGACUACCUCGAAGAAUUCAUGGACUACAUUGAAGGACGCUCCCAAAUUCCCCUCCGGACGUACUUCAUCGGCGACUACGGUGUCGGUGCCAUGAAGGUUCUGUCGGCCGCCUUGAAGGAUUCGGGGAACCGAGGGUUUAAGAUGGAUGGGUUGAGAAUUUGUGGGAAUUUGUAUUGGUUGAAAGGCAGUGGCAAGUUCACUCUCCAUGGGUUAUCUGUGGCAUACUUAUCUGGUAGGCAUUCAGUGAGUGGCCAACAAUUUGGAACAUACAGUCAAGAUGAUGUUGAUGCACUGCGGGCAUUAGCUGAAGAACCUGGUGUAGUAGACUUGUUCCUAACUAAUGAAUGGCCAAGCGGGGUCACAAACCGAGCUGCUACAUCUGAUCUUCCUAUAGGAAUCUCUGAUUCAUCUGGUAGCAGUUCCACCGUAUCAGAAUUAGUAACAGAGAUUAAGCCUCGCUACCAUGUUGCAGGUACUAAGGGUGUAUUUUUUGCUCGAGAACCCUAUGCCAAUGUUGAAGCUGUACAUGUAACCCGAUUCAUAGGUCUUGCUCCCGUUGGAAACAAAAAUAAACAGAAAUUUAUACAUGCAAUUUCUCCUACUCCAGCAUCUACCAUGUCUGCUUCUGAGAUUUGCAUGAAGCCAUCAAAUACUACCUUAUUUCCAUUUACAUCCACUGAGAAAGCAGCCCAGACUGAUGGAGCGGCAAAGAGACCUAGUGAUACUUCUGACUCACAAUAUUGGCGGUAUGAUGUCUCCCAGAAAAGGCGUAAACAUGGAGAUGGUGACAGCAAUAUGCUGUGUUUUAAAUUUUUUUCUUCUGGCUCUUGUGUACGAGGGGAGAAAUGCCACUUUCAGCAUGAUGGUGACGCAAGAGAACAAUAUUUGAGAGGUGUGUGUUUUGAUUUUCUUAACAAAGGAAAAUGUGAAAGGGGUCCAGAUUGCAACUUUAAGCACAGUUUACAAGAAGAAGGCAACGCCUUUCCUAACAGGAGACCUGGAUCUGGAAAUGCAAAUGCUGACAGGUCAAGAGAUUGCUGGUUUUGCUUGUCAAGUCCGAGUUUGGAGUCACAUCUAAUCACUAGUAUUGGGGAACAUUACUACUGUGCACUUGCUAAAGGACCGCUAAUUGAAGAUCAUGUGCUCAUAAUACCUGUUGAGCACAUUCCUACUACCCUUGCAUCUCCCCCAGAAUGUGAAAUAGAGUUAAUUAGAUUCCAGAAAAGCCUGAAAAUGUAUUUCAAGAACCAAGGGAAGGAAGUUGUUUUCUUUGAGUGGGUUUUCAAACGCGGCACUCAUGCUAAUCUUCAGGUUAUUCCCAUUCCGUCAUCCAGAACAUCUGCUGUUCAAGACAUCUUCAAUUUAGCUGCUCAAAAGUCAGGGUUUGAAUUCUUGGUGAUAAAAAAUGGUAAUAGUUCUGAAGGGAGAAAAUUGCUGCAAAUGCAAUUUGAUAGAAAAUGUAGUUUAUUCUAUGUGGAACUACCUGGAGGUACAAUACUUUACCAUUCUGUUGAAGAGAAUGAGAAAUUCGCGGUCCAAUUUGGUCGUGAGGUUCUGGCAGGCUUGCUGAACAAAGCGGAUAGGGCAGAUUGGAGGAAUUGUAAGCUCAGCAAAGAAGAAGAAGAAAAGAUGGUAGAAAGCUUCAAGAAUCGCUACAAAGAAUAUGACCCAAACCCGUGAUUCUCUACAGGAGGAUUAUAUCACCAUCUCAUCUCUGAAGUGGAAGAGAACCAACCUUGACGACAUCUAUACUAAGCCAUCCCCACUGCCUCUCCACAUACCGCCACCUGAUGUAUAAGCUUUUCGAAUCGGGUAUCUCAUUAAGAGGUGGAUUUCCUCGUAUUUUGGAGCCUUGGGUCCCAUCCCGAUGUCUCAUAUUUAAAGCAGGAAAAAAUGUGACCAUUUGAUGUCACGAGGAACUUGCAUUUGAAGUUCACAUAUCAGGUCCACAUGCGCAACAUGCCCCACAAUUUUGUUGCCAUUUUUUGUUUUUUUGUGAGAAGCAAUUUUGUUGUCAUCCUGAACUUGCAGAGCAUUAAUUAUUGAGGAACUUUAUGAAAUUGGCAUCUUUCUUCCACUUGUUUUGUACUAGUUAGAUGGUUCCAACAUGCAGAGAACUAAUGAAUGUAUGGAGUGUCACUUGUAGUUUUUAAUGCAAUUGAGACUUUUCAAGCAAGAUGUUUUUUUGGUUCUUGUCCUUUCAUUUACCGUUGAAGAUGGUAAAUUAUUCCGUCUGAGAGUAUGAAUGUAACAUGUGAACAUAGCGUUCCAACAAUUGAAGCUUUUGCAAAAAUGAAUGGAUUGGGUUAACAUUG